GGCCGCGUUAGCGCGGGUGAAGAUGGCGGCGCUGGAGCGGAGCUACGCGGAGAUUCAGGGCUUCCAGAGAGACGCGGAGGCUCCGUUCAGGAACAUCAGCGUUCAUGUCGGUGUGAGCGCGCCCCCUGGAGGAGUGAAGCUGCCGGACAGUGCCGGAGGGUUUUCCUAUGAGGAGAGCGGGACACUGCUGUCCAUCACCAGCAACAGGUUCAUUCACUGGUCCACGUCUGGAGACACGGUUCAGCUGGUGGAACAGUCUCUGGACACCAACCUGCUGAAUAACGCCAUCAGACUCAAGUUCCUGCACUGCUCUGUUCUGCCUGGGGGAGUUCACAUCCACGAGACCCUCAACAAUGUCAUCAUCCUCAUCGUCACCAACCUGUCUGUGCACAGGCUGGUUCUGCCGCACCCCACACGCAUGUACCGCAGCGAGCUGGUGACGGAGCUGCAGAUGCAGUCUGUUUUUACAGAUGUGGGGAAGCUCAGUAUUCAGGAUGAAGCUCACAGCUUCAUUCUGCCUCAGAGUCCUGCAGCCUCCGCCGCCUGGAUCAGCCCUAACGGACAUGCCCACUUCGCUCUUGCUCCGCCCACCGGGGGCGUCACCGUGGUUACCUUACCACCACAUGACCAGCAGGGUUCUGUCUCGUUGCUGGAGCUGAAGCAGAGCUCAGUAAUGCAGAGAUUAGCGGGCUGGAUGCCUUCAGCCAUCAGGGGGGAGCAGAGUCCGUGUGAUCUGGCAGUCAGCCUGGCUGCUUGGUCCCUGGAGGACGACACUUUCAUCUUCGCUCUGUGUCAGGACCACAAACUGAGAGUGUGGUCAUUCAAGGAGCUGCAGUGCGUGUUGGUGGCUGACCUGCUGGACUACGUUCCGGUGGGCCGUGCUGAGCUGCGAUGUGUUCCGGGUCAGGCCCAUCGGCUGCGUGUGUGUUUCUCCGGCUCCACAGGGCUGUGUGUGUGCGUCUACCUCGCCAUCCCUAAACGAGGGCAGUUCUGCGUCCUGCAGCUGAUGGCCAGUGAUAAUGGCCGCUACAGCCUAGAGAACAUCUCCACACAGUUCAGCACACAGGAGACCCUGGUGGACUUUGCUCUCACCUCCACUGAUAUCUGGGGUCUGUGGGUGGACGAUGAUAAUCAGACUGUGGUGAAGUACAUCAACUUUGAGCAUAACACAGCAGGUAUGUGGAACCAGGUGUUUGUCCAGCCACCUCCAGAGGAGGAGAUCCACAUCGGGCUGGAUCAGGACCCCCGGGAGACGUACCUGGACGUGCUGUUCUCUCCUCUGCGCUUCACUGCCGAAGCCAUCGUGAAAGCUCUGCAGAUUUAUAAACGCGGCACUGAGCGGUUCGUAGACGUCCCAUGGGACGCUCUGAAGAAGGAAGUCACGCUGGCUGUGGAGAAUGAGCUGCAGAGCAGCGUGACGGAGUUCGAGUUCUCUCAGGAAGAUUACCGAAUGCUGCAGGUGGAGUUCUGGAGUAAGUUCUAUGCCUGCUGUUUGCAGUACCAGGAGGCUCUGUCCACUCCGCUCGCCCUGCACAUCAACCAGGCCACAGCCAUGGUCUGCCUGCUCAAGAAGGGAUUUGUGUCCUUCCUGCUGCCGUGCUUUGCUGUGGAUCACCUGUACCUGUCUGCUGACGAGUACCUGUCCUCUGAGGAGGAAACACCUGUGUCUGAAGGAGACUCUGAUCUGAGCCGGGACGUUCUGCAGAUGGUCCAGUGUCUGAGGAUGGUGAGUGACUGUGUUCAGGGUGAGAUGGCGUGUGAGAUGGAGAAAGCUCUGGAGCUGCUGCUGUCUCCAGAGAGAGCUGCAGAGCAGGUGCUGGAGAACAUGCUGGCCAACGACAGUGAGAACGUGAUCGAGGACAUCACCAAUAAACUGCAGGAUGUGCGGAACCCUCUGGCUGCCAUGGGCGCUCUGCUCAGAGAACUGGACCUGGAGACCGAUAUGGAGACGGGACCUGAGACUACAGCACCGCCUGCAGGUCAGUCUCUGAACGUGCGGAUCAGCCUCUCUCAGCUGUAUGGCAGCACUGUGGCCGUCAGUGUGGUGUGUCAGGCGGUCUGUCAAGUGGCCCUGACCCGAGCGCUGCUGUGCAGAGAUCUGCUCAUCCUCCAACACCUCUACCUCCGCCUUGGAGACAACAUGCUCCUGGCGGGCAGCGCUCAGUCUCUGCAGCUGCAGCAGGAUCUGAUCCCCCGCUGCUCUCACCUGCUCUGCUGCUAUUACCUGCUGAAGCAGCUCAGCCAGACGCUCGCCUCUCCCGUACCUCUCGACACACUAGAUGCUAACCUGCAGCACCUGUCUGUGUUGGAGCUGUCGGACUCUGCAGCACUGGCUCCCAACAGAUCAGUGCUGAAUCCUCAGACAGUGGUGGAGCUAUUUUAUCAGAAUGUGGGUCGUAAGGUCAUUGUCUCCCAGCUGUUUGGUCAGAGGGACCUGCAAGCAGCGCAGAGUCCACUACACUGGCCUCAGCUCAGCUCCAGUGUGGUCACUCUGCUGGGACAGCUGCUCUGGCCCAGCAACCCAGGCUUCCUGUUCCCAGAGUGCAUGAUGGGAAACUGCCAGUACACUCAACUGCAGGAGUAUGUGCGUCUGAUUGGUCCAUGGUGUCAGGCCAACGUGGGCUCCUGUCGAUUUAUCCUGGGUCAGGCGUACCUGGCCAGCGGAGAAGGGCAGAAGGCACUGCAGUGUUUCCAGGAGGCGGCCCCGGAGGUGGAGAAGGAGGAGUUUCUUAAUAGAUUGACAGGCUCAGAGGAGGAGGCGGGGACAACAGCUCCACGCUUACUCUAUUACAACAAGGUCCUGCGGCUCCUGGAGGACGUUGGUUUGCCGGAGCUGGUCAUUCAGUUGGCUACACUGGCCAUAUCAGAGGCUGUGAAUGAUGAGAGGAGUCUGGCUGCUCUGUGGACACGGAUUUUUAAACACCAUCUGGACCUCGGACACAACAGAGAGGCUUACGAAGCCCUGACGCAAAACCCGGACGCCAGCAGGCAGUUGGACUGUCUGCGGCAGCUGGUGGUUGUCCUGUGUGAACGUGCUCAGCUUCAGGAUCUUGUCCAGUUCCCCUACGUCAACCUGCACGAAGAGGUGGUCAGUAUAAUUGAGUCUCGUGCCCGAGCAGUGGAUCUGAUGACCCAUAAUUACUAUGAACUGCUCUACGCAUUUCACAUCAACCGCCACAACUACAGGAAAGCUGGCACAGUGAUGUUCGAGUACGGUAUGCGUCUGGGUCGGGAGGUUCGGACUCUGCGCGGGUUACAGAAACAGGUGAACUGUUUCCUCGCUGCUCUGAACUGCCUCCGCCUCAUUCGGCCUGAAUACGCAUGGAUCGUCCAGCCUUCGCCCGGACCUGCUUCUGAUCGUCCUGGAACGUCACCCAAGCGCACUCAUGACGGCGAGCUGGCUGCAGCUCCAGUGAGCCGUCAGAUCGAGAUUUUGGAGCUGCAGGAUCUGGAGAAGGAGUACAUCCUCUCCCGCUGCCGCCUCACACUCGCUCAGCAGCACCCACCGUCAGCCGCCAUCGCAGGCAGCGCCUCUGCAGCGGAAAUGGUUGCCCUGCUGGUCCAGGCUGGUCUCUUCGACACGGCGCUGUCUCUGUGUCAGACGUUCAAACUGCCCCUGACGCCCGUCUUCGAGGGUCUGACGUUUAAGUGUAUUAAGCUCCAGUACGGAGGAGAGCAGAGUCAGAAUGAAGCCUGGAACUGGUUGGCAGCCAAUCAGCUCCCGAGUCUCAUCACCACUAAAGAAUGCAGUGCUACAGAUGAAGCCUGGAGACUUUUAGCCUCAUACCUGGAGAAGCAUCAAUCCCAGAAUGCUCAGUACUAUCGCUGUGUCAUCAACAGGCUGCUCUCUCACGGAGUGCCUGUUCCUGAUUGGCUGGUUAACGCCUACAAGAAAGUGGACGCUGCAGCUCUGCUGCGUCUGUACCUGAACUAUGACCAGCUGGAGUCCGCUGCUGAGCUGGUUCUGGAAUACGUGGAUGCUCUGCUGGGAAAGGGACACCAGUAUUUCGGGAUAGAGAUGCCGCUCUCAGCCAUGGCACCGCUCGUCUGGCUGCCCUACACCUCCAUCGACCAGCUGCUGCACAGCCUGAGAGACAGCCAGGCCAACACUCAGGUGUAUGAGAAGCUGAGCGUGAAGCUGGCCGAGUACCACAGGGUGGUGGAACAGAGUACCAGACACCGUCUGCACGCUCACUGAACCCAAACCCACCUGACCACAGCACUUCACCUCCGAACAUCAGCGGCCACCACUGGACUUUAUUUUUCUAUCACUUGACUACAUUAAUAUGGAGUUUUGUAAACUAUUUUAUAAGCAAUAAAAGGUUUUCAGUUUCUA